AUGGGAUUAGGCGGUGGGGAAGGCAGGGCGACGGCCGAUGGGGAAGGCAGGCCAUCAAGGCGGUCGAAUCUGGUGACGGCGGCGGAUGGAUCCGAGGGCGGGGUGGCGCGACUAACCCGAAAAACCAACUGCUCGCGCAAAGAGAAAACCCAACCUUAUCUUCUCAUACACACUCCCCCAAUCCCCUCUCUCUCUCCCUCCCGCAACCUCCCUCGCGCCGGCGCCCCAAACCGCCACAUCCCCUGCGCCGCCGCAUCCUCUCCCCGGCGACUCCCGAUCCGCAGCUCCCCCAUCGCCCCUGCCUUCCUCUGCGCGCCGCUGCUCUGGGUCGCGGCCACCGCGUUCCACCACCAGCAGCAGCACGACGGCCGUGCGGGCCCGCUUCCCUUCCCUCCAUGGCCGACCCUCUCCUCCCCCCACCUUCUCCCUCCCGCCCCGACCGCCAACCUCCAACGUCGCCCUGGUCGUCUUGCGCCCAUUGUGCUGCCCCUCCCGACCCCGCGUCGACGGAUCUGGGCAACCACGCCGGCGUGCCCUUCCACGAGCUUUCCCGGCGCGACCCCACCACGAGCUGGUCUGGCCCGACCCUGCUACUGCAUCGGGGUCGCGAGCUCCGUUCACGGGCUCGCCGGAUCUCACGAUUGGGGCGCUGGCGACAUGCUCUCUUGCUCGUCCCCCAGUGUCCUCGUGAGCACUAGACCAGCCCCUCAGUUGCCGGCCACAGCGCCCCCAUUUCCCCCAGGUGAGAAACCGUCGGGAGAGGCAACUGCCACGGCGCGCCACUCCUCCAAUCGCACAACGGUCCCACCCCGCGACGCCGGACUCCAUGGCCCUGGCCUCGCCUUGCCCCGGGUGCGGCCACAGCCCCUGCCCGGCGACGCCCCUCCCAAAUCUGGCAAGAUCGACGCCAUGCCGAGCCACCACCAUCCGAGCGCGCCGCCCACUGUCGUCCCUAUGUCACCCCCCCUUCUCCAGCAAACCUUCUCCGGUGGGUCCUGCCGCGUGUGCAAGCUACCACAGAUCCUGGGUUGCCUCUAGAAACACGUCGACGUCCAGCGUGACUCCAGCACCCCUGUGCACUCCCUCAACAGGCUAUCAUCCAUGGUCAAAUUUUGUGUGUUGUUGACGCAGUGCAGAGUCCUCUCGACGCAGUCCAUAAGCUUUUUUUUGUUUUUUUUCAGGUUUGGCGUUGUGUUUUAUCUGCUAUUCGUUGAAGUGGAGGUCCUGGCAGAUCAAUUCAAUGCAGUUUUGGUCACAAAAUAAUGACCAGCCACAGAUUCACAAUCGCGCUCCAGAUCGCCAAGAGCGAGCUGUCCCUCCUCCCCUUGCAGUCUGAGCGUCUGCAGACUUGAAGUGCGCCUGGCCGCGGCGCAUGGCCGUGCAACCCACUAUUUGAAUUUUGUUUGUGUUUUGAGGUGGUUCACGUGGCGCUGGCAUGCAGUGCGGCACCCAUGUGCGUGCAGUCCACGGAGAUAGGGGCAGGACGAUGGUGUUUUUUUGUGUAUUUUGCUCACGGUUGACAUUUUUCCCUUUUUCAGGUUUUUGCUGCGAUCCCAUGGCCACACAGGUGCAAUGCUGUGAGGGCUGGACAGGCAGUGCGUCGGGGCCGGCUUGCAUUUCAUGGACAAAAAUGUGGAUUUAUUUUUUAAGUCCUUCAUCAUUGUAAUAUGUGUACUGUUGAUUAAAAAGAGGAUCACUGCAGUUCGUUCGCCUUGUCUCGUAGCCCAGAGAUGUAUAGAUGGCAGCUCUCUCAAAAACAUGCAUUGAAGGAAACAACAAAAACCUUUUUUUA